UCCCGUUCAGGUUUCAUAUGCCCCAGGGCGAUGCUGAUAAAUUGAAAGUAAAUCAAACGCAAAUCAAAGACGUCAUUUAUCAUUCGAAUGGAAAUAGCCUUUAGUCAAAGUUCAAACACAAAUACAACAAUUUGUUUACUGUGUUGCACUAAUGAUUUAAUUUUGUUGCAGUUCAUUUAACUUACAAAAUUAUAUGUUGCAAUUCUUAGUUGCAUUACCUUUAAUUAACGUGGUUAAUCAAAAAUAUACUCAAAUCGCAACAGGCUCUUAUGAGUAUGUCAGUUGAUGUAUUUUAUAAUUUUUACUAAACAAGAUCAGAAAAGGAAUUAAAAUAUACGAAUAAAGACUUGAAAGUGUACAUUUUCAAAUGUCUCAAGGCUUUCGGAGUUUAUUUUUUUAAACAAAGAUGAAGGAGUACGGUGAAGUUAUAUUCGUGGAUCAGUUGAAACACCAUCGUGUUGUGGCCACUCAGAUAGACAAGACUCGUAUUGCUUGGCAGAGAAAUAGCUCCUGGUAUGCGGCAGCUCAAAGGGAGCAUUACUCCCAAUACGCGACUAUAUCCGCUGAGAGUCGGAAAAAGUACGGAGAUAAGAUUUAUGGAUACUACGCGAAAAGGAAUCGUCUGCGCCCCGUGUUCAAGCUUACAACCAGGGCUAAAAUGACUGAGGAAGACAAGCAAAGGCAUAUUUCGAUGGCACACCUUUUCGGAUACAAGUAUUCUAAAACUACCAAUGGCGAAUAUGGCAGUGUGGCGCCAUCAGCAUUAUUUUUCUGUUUCUAAAUUAGUUACGAGUUACGGUUUAGUUGUUCUAUUUCACA